CUGUAUGGGAACAAAUGGGCUAAAUAGAUGCAAGAAUAUUUUACAAUAUGUAAAGAGACUAGAGGAAUAAAAAGGAUGAAUGAGGAGGGGAGAAAAAAUUAGUUUGGAGAGUGGGUCUGUAGUCUAAGGUUUUCUGGUGGGCCCUUGGCAUCCCAGUCCAACACUGUAAUGAAGGCAGAAAAUAAGUGCAGAGUUAGCCUACACCUAGUUUUAGCUAUGAUUUAACUCUUAGGGUAAUGAAACACAGGGCAAUUUGAAAUGUUUUUGGGGAAUCAUAAGUCAGCUAAACAGUAAUAUCCUACAUACACUGCCAGCUUUAAUAGAAUUUUGACACUUCAGAAUCAUAAUAUUAUCAGUAAUGCAUAUUAUUUGAAUCAUGUGAUCUGUAGUUGGUGAAUAUGGCACGCAAGUAUGAUGGCAACCCCACUAAGUAACUGCGGAUGUGAGUGCAGCUUCAUAACGAUCAGCCUGUUUUUGUGGUUGUACCACGGGCGUGAAAAGAUGAAGGGGCAGGAAGUAAGGUGACAAUUAGAAAGAAAUUAAAGCAGUCUGUGAGAGGCAUACAAGCAAAAAAGUUCAGGGGCUAAAUGCAAAAGGAGAUCAAAAAUAAUUGUGUUGUUCAUAAUGGAACUGAGAAAUAAAGAGAGUUAAACACCGGGCAUCCACUGGAUGGGAUUGUGAAAGAAAGAAAGAAAGAAAGAAGCAAAAAAGAAAAGGAAGAGUGACUAUAAAAAAGUAAGGACAGCACAUUUAAGGGGAUACCUGAGAGAAAAGGAGAUAACAAGUACAGAAAACUGAAGCUCAACAGAGGUAUAGGAGAUGAAAUGAAGAGAUGAAGAUUACAACCUAAAGUGAGAGAUUUCUUCACAAGUCACAGGAACCAUGGGAUGUGGGUGCAGCUCUGAGUAUGAAGAUGACUGGAUUGAAAAUUUUGAUGUGUGUGAUCACUGCCAUCUUCCUAGACAGAAGUCUGAGCUCAUCACAUGCUAUGAUAUUCAGGACCCCUUGGUUUCAUACACAGGCUUAAAUCCACCUAGCUCUCCGCUGCAUGAUAACCUGGUGGUGGCCUUGUAUAAUUAUGAGCCUAUGCAUGAUGAAGAUCUGGGAUUUGAAGCUGGAGAGAAGCUGCAUGUCCUGGAGCAGAAAGACGAAUGGUGGAAGGCUAAGUCUCUACGAACAGGGCAGGUGGGAUACAUACCAUAUAACUUUGUGGCAUCUGUAAAUGGCAUUGAAUCUGAAAUGUGGUUUUUUAGAGAUCUGGGCAGAAAAGAUGCAGAACGACAGCUUCUGGCUCCUGGAAAUCAACAGGGAUCCUUCCUAGUGAGGGAGAGUGAGACUACCAAAGGAUCCUACUCUCUUUCUGUGAGGGAUCUGGAUCAAAAUCAGGGAGAGGUGGUGAAACAUUACAAGAUUCGAAAUCUGGACAACGGUGGAUUUUAUAUAUCUCCUAGAAAAACGUUCCAAACGCUACAAGAACUGGUGCAGCAUUACAGGCGUUCCUCAGAUGGGCUGUGCACUCUUUUGAAAGAGCCAUGCCAGACUCAACGUCCUCAAAAACCAUGGUGGGCAGAUGAAUGGGAAAUACCUCGCAACAAACUGCAACUGGUCAAGAAGCUUGGUGCUGGGCAGUUUGGUGAGGUGUGGAUGGGCUACUAUAAUGGACACACAAAAGUUGCCAUAAAGAGCCUAAAACCGGGUACAAUGUCUCCAGAAGCCUUCUUGGCUGAGGCUAAUUUAAUGAAACAAUUGCAGCACCCACGACUGGUUCGAUUAAAUGCUGUUGUAACUCAGGAGCCCAUAUAUAUUGUAACAGAGUACAUGGAGAAAGGUUGCCUUGUGGAUUAUUUAAAAACCUCAGAAGGUCUCAAAUUAACCAUCUAUAAACUAAUAGACAUGUCUGCUCAGGUGGCAGAGGGAAUGGCUUUCCUAGAGCAUAAGAAUUACAUUCACCGGGAUCUGCGAGCCGCUAAUAUUCUUGUGUCUGAGUCUCUGUGUUGCAAGAUAGCUGAUUUUGGACUGGCUCGAGUAAUAGUUGACAAUGAGUACACAGCAAAAGAAGGAGCCAAAUUUCCUAUAAAAUGGACAGCUCCUGAAGCCAUUAAUUAUGGCACUUUCACCAUCAAAUCAGAUGUGUGGUCAUUUGGUGUACUGCUAACUGAAAUUGUCACUUAUGGAAGAAUUCCAUACCCAGGCAUGACUAAUCCAGAGGUUAUAGAAAAUCUGGAACGAGGUUAUCGUAUGCCUCAGCCAGACAACUGUCCUAUGGAAUUGUAUGAGCUGAUGCUUCGUUGUUGGAAGGAGGAACCUGAGGAAAGGCCCACGUUUGAAUUUCUACGAUCCUUGCUUGAAGAUUUCUUCACAGCUACAGAGGGCCCAUAUCAGUCUCAGCCAUAAGAAGUGUGCUCUGAUAAAGCAUGUCAGAAAACAAACUGAUACCAGCUUUAUGGGUCAUAUAAAACCCAGCAUCAAAUUAACCUUAAGUAGGGAGAAACCAAGGACCCCCCAAAAUAGUUCUGAGCUGGUACUGUCUGAUGAGAUGGCACCUUAGUACAACUCUGGAUUUGGGACCUACAGCUAUAAUUUCUGUAGAUCAAAGAAAAAUUAUGCCCACUGUGCCCUCUAAAAACAGAAGGUGAUUUUAGGAAUCACUUCAUGUUCAGAAAACUGCACACUUAAGUUUAGGUAUGAAUAAUUGAUAUCUCAGAUAUUUGUAUCAAGUGUCAAACCACAUUGGGGCCUUUACCACACAUGACACUGACCCAGACUUUUAGAGGAAUAGCUUAGGGCAAAUAUAUUCAGCCAUUCAUACCGCACAACAAUUAGUUGGAGGUCUCCUUCAUCAGGUGAGUAUAAUUGUCAGAACCCCCAUGAUUACAUCACAUGCAGGGUCAUGAAUACAUUCCUGCCCACAACUGGGAAGAUAUCACAACCUGCUCAGAUAAUAGAAAAGCACUUGAAAUAACAAUAUCAUCCCCAUCAACAAUUCACAAGAAUAGUUUAAUAUAAGAAGGUGUCUAUAUUAAAGGAGUAUUAAAGCCUAACUAAAGAUACAGGCUAUAAAUGUUGUACAUUAUGUUUGGGCUUCUGUACCAGCCCAAAGCAACAAAAGCCCUUUAGCAGAGAAGAUCUAUUCCUCCAUAGAUACCCCAUGUAGCUUCUCAACUUAUUUUCUGCUGAUUCGUUGCGCAUGCUCUGUGCUGUGGUCAGUUACAGAGCUUAGGGAUCGACUCACAACAUACUGUAAAUAUAGUAUAUAAAUGUCCCAAUACAUGGCUGAUCAGUAACUGAUGCAGAUUCACAUAACAUGGCAGUCUAGAAACCAGUUUAUUCUGCAUCAGAACUUAUAAUCAGCCCUGUAGCAUCACACGCUAUAACAGACAAACCUCAUGUUCUUCUUGUCAAUUUGCAACAAUCCCUAAGCUUAGCUUUUCAACAGCUGCCCAGAGCACACGAAGAGGUAUAUUUAUCAUGC